AACUGAACAAACAAAAAAUGUAUUCGAAAAUAUUGUUCUUGAAUUUGAUUGGAGCAUUAUUGAUGAUAAUGGCCAUUCAUUGUGAUAUACCGGAUCCGAUGGAAGGAUUUAAACCAGUGGAUUUAAAUGAUACUACAGCGAAAAAUGCAUUGGAAAAAGCGUUGAAAAAUGUGGAACAACAAAUGAAUGAAAAUAUAAAUUCAACUCAUCUUUAUCGAGUCAAAGACAUUGAACAUGCUCAUUCGAAACAAAACAUUGCAUAUAAAGUUGUAUUUUUAUUUGGUGAAACGAAAUGUAAGAAAACUGAUAUCGAUCAUAUUGAUUCCUGUGAAUUUAUCACUGGCCAGAAUAAAGAUUGUGGUGCUGAUAUUCGACAAAUGUCGCAUGAUAGUUGGGGAUUGGCUGAAUUUAUAUGUUUACAAAAAUGAAUUUGAUUAUUUCCAGAAUAAUCAAAUUAUAAGUUUGUUUCAUUUUUUUACAAUUGAUUAUCACAAAAAAUAUUCAUGAAUAUACCAGGUAAACAACAAU